AAAUAAUUAUAAACAAAAAUGACUCACUGGGAAUAUUAAACAAAAUAAAAGUUAAAGUAUUAAAACAAUUCGUACUGCUUUCACUCCCGAACAGUGCAAUGGGUUUAUUCGGCAAAACUCCAAGCAAAGACCCCAAAGAACAGGUGCAGGAAUGGACGCACAAGAUACGAAAAGAGGGCAACCAGCUGGAUCGGCAAAUUCGCAGCAUACAGCGGGAGGAGGAUAAGGUGAAGCGCUCGCUGAAACAGGCCGCCCAGAAAAAUGACCGUGACACCUGCGUCAUUCUGGCCAAAGAAAUAGUGAAUGCGCGCAAGGCCGUCAAUCGCAUAUAUACGUCAAAGGCUCAUCUCAACUCUAUACAGAUGCAGAUGAAAAAUCAGUUAUCCACCCUGCGUGUUGCUGGCUCGCUGCAGAAGUCAACGGAAGUCAUGCAGGCCAUGCAGAAUCUGGUUCGCUAUCCGGAGCUGGCGGGUAUUAUGCGCGACAUGUCGAAGGAGAUGAUGAAAGCCGGCAUUAUCGAGGAGAUGCUGGAUGAGACAAUGGACUCACUGGAAGAGUCUGAGGAGCUGGAGGAAGAGGCGGGAAAGGAGGUGGACAAGGUUCUGUGGGAGAUAACGGAUGGGAAGCUCGGCGAAGCUCCCCUGCCACCAGAGGCUACUCCAGCGGACAAAACACCGGCAGCGCCCGCAAGAGUCGAGGUCGAGGAGGACGAUGACGAAGGCGAAGAAUUGCAGGAGAUGCAAAGCCGGCUGGCAUCGCUGCGUUCCUAGAUUAAUAGCAAUAGGGGUGGUCUUUCAAUUAUUGUCGGGAAGUAGGGCAGACUCUAUUCCAGCACUUUGAAAAUGUCUCCCUCCCAAAAUUUCAGAUGCUAGCACCCGAAUCAGUGAAUUAUAAAAACCAAAAUACUAGCAAGAAACGGAUAGUUUCACUUUCUGUGCACUCUAGUGCACUUCUGUUCAAAUUGUUUUGAACUGCACGCUUUUAACCGUUACAUUUACAAAAGUUACAUUUUAUUUAUUGUAUAAUUUCUUUGUAUAAAAAUCGAUAUAUGCUGUA